AUGAUCAGGAUACACGAUGGAUUGAUUGUCUUUUGGGCUCGAUGGAGGACGGACUUGGUGGAAUGGUGGACUGGCGGACUGGCGGACAGGACGAGGUCAGAGCGGAGCAAUGCAAGUGUGGCACACCAUCCAGAAGAUCGGUGUUGGGCGUUUGUCAAGUCGUCUGCCGGGACAUCCAUGAACAUGAGGGAGAAGAGAGUUGAGGCGCCUUUCAGAGCUGGCAAUCUGGACUUUGACGCCCGAGUCCCCAUCCCAAUCAGUGUCUUCCCGUCUACGUACAGGAGUGACGCUUCUGCCCAAGAAACUACCGUCACAAAGGUAGAAGGGGAAGUUCAACUACCCGGAACUUCGUCGCGCGUCGGACGGGAAGAUACUCGAUUUUCCAAGGAAGAAGUCGACAUCUCCUACAGAGACAACCGUCCACGCCGCGAUCAAUAUCAACGAGAGGACGUGCGAAUCUCGGAGGAGCGUGAUCGACGAUACCCCGAGGUAGAGCUCACACGCGAGAAAUACCGUGGGCCCACUGACUACAAGGCCACCAACGUCGAGAUCGAGGUUGACCGUCGAGGUGCCCGGGCCCCCAACGUUGACAUCGAAAUCGAUCGCCGAGACACUCGAGAUCACGUCGAAGUUGAUUACGACCGCCGCCAGACCUACGACAAGUCUUUUCAAUCUCAGCUAGACAUCACUGAGCGAGAGUACCGUCGCCGCGUCGAUCCCACCUACGACGUUGAAUACGAACGUCGCCGUCCCGCACAAGCCGAAGUCACAGUCCAGAAACAAGAGGUCAAGGUCGAUCAACCAAUUAGAAGAGACAUGGGUUACUACGACGACGAGGGCAACUACCACAGCUUCCGCCGCGGGGUGGAGCGUGCCGCUGACCGCAUCUUGCACCCCUUCUCCCACCAUCACCAUGAAGGUGGCCGUGAGGAGGUCGUGGUGUCGGAUACAAGAGAGGCCAGCGGCCCUACCCGCGUGCGUGAUGGCUCCGUUGAGCAAGUCCGCUUCGUCGAGCCUCGUUUCGGAGGCCGUGGUGUUCCCAUCCAAUGCCACUUCAUCCGCAUUGGUGACAUUCUCCUUCUCCAAGGCCGUCCCUCGCAGGUCAUCCGGAUCAGCAUGUCUUCUCAGACUGGCCAAUACCGCUACCUAGGUGUCGACCUGUUCACCCGCCAAUUGCACGAAGAGAGCUCUUUCAUCAGCAACCCUGCUCCCUCCGUUGUCGUACAGACCAUGCUUGGCCCUGUCUUCAAGCAGUACCGGGUCUUGGACAUCCGCGAGGAUGGCAUGAUUGUUUGCAUGACCGAGACUGGCGAUGUCAAGCAGGGACUGCCUGUCAUUGACCAGGGCGGUCUGUUCAACCGCAUUGACCGAGCGUUCGCCGACGGUAGAGGAAGCGUUCGCGUGUUGGUCAUCAACGAUGGUGGCCGGGAGUUGAUUGUGGAUAUGAAGAUCAUUCACGGGUCGAGAUUGUAG